AUGCCCACCUUUGCCGAUCAAUGGAACGCUCAUGUUCCUGCAGAUAUCGUGCUCUCUCGACAUGCAAAAAUAAUUACUAUCUCUGGUGCGACCGAUGAGGUUCGGGAAGUGGACGACGAUGGACACAAAUUUGAUUGGUCUGGUGACUGCGAGAUGGAAGACGCAGAAGCGCUGAAUGUUGUCGACGAUGUCAGGAAUGUCAGGGAAGAGUGGGAACAAUACAGGAGCAAUGAUCCAGACUACUGGGAAGAUGCUAUGGACAUUGACUACGAGUCAACAGGAGGGCACGACGCCAUAAGGAUGGUCAUCGAUACAAACAUCUUGUUGUCCUAUCUUGAUCGAUUAAAAGAGGUUCAUGACAUUCUACGAGACGCUGGCAUGCUCAACAUGAUUGAACUGGUUAUACCUGGGAUCGUCUUGGAGGAGUUGGACGCUCAGCACAAGCGUCCUCACCCCUCCAAACCGGAACUGCGGGAAUCUGCUGGAGCUGCUACCCGAUGGCUGUUGGGAGAAAUUAAAAGGAGAAAGUCCGGAGAACCCUCCAUGAUUCGUGUGCAGAAGGAUGGCGAGACGCAUAUCGACAACAUUAGCUGGAAAAUCAGCACUGCGAAUAACGAUGAUAUCAUACUUGAUUGCUGUCAAUAUUUUGCCAAGUCGGCGAACAAGAUCUAUCUGAUGACGGACGAUGUUAAUCUUAGUACCAAAGCCGAAGCCAACGAUAUACGCACACUUAAUCGCUACGACUUGCGCAGCGCGCACAGCUUCGUGGAGCACUUCGUUCCCAACGCUCUCACUAUAAACCCGAACGGCCAUCAUUCUCCAAAUCGUCAAAAGCAGAACGGGGUAAAGGGGAAGCAAGAGCAUGACCACGCCUCCCAUCAUCAUUCUCGUGCCACGGCUAAGGCUUCCACCAAGCAACACGCAGGUCCAAAGGACAACGUUUCGAAGACAUCCUCACUCCCAGGCGGGAAACUCGACCGUCCUGCUCCCACUUUUCCUAUUCAUUCGGGGACAAAAAAUCCCAUGGAGGAUGUAGACUUGGGGGUGCAGCCCGAUCCUCCGUGCUCUCCUGGGGAUCUCCAUAAACUGUUUCUUGAAUAUCUCACCGAAUAUCUUCCCGCGGAGACUGUUAGCACACUCAGGAAACUAGAAUCCGAACCGUCAAACUGGCAGUCCUGGUCUUCUAAGGCCUGCAUAGAGGAGCUAAAGCAAGCACGGCCAUCCAGGCCUCCCCCCGCACCGAUCGAGUGGACCUGUCUCCUUGCCUUUUGUGCUAGACCAGGUGAGAGUGGCUACCGGGCGAAUGGCGGGGGAAGGGGCGACUGGGAGAAGGCCAUCCGUAUGCUUCGUCUGGUUGGGGAGACAUAUGGUUUGUCCGUCUGCUUGGGCGAUGCAUCGCUCCAAAACCUCGAGAAGAUGAUGCUGUCAUCCAUGGGUUUGGUUGUCUCGCGAUGAACUUCAUCUGCCACUCGGAGGUAACUUGUCUUCUCAUCUUUCACUUGUGCCUUUAUCGACAUACCACAUCAAGAUUAGAUUUAUCUGGCAAUCACUGCAUCUCUCUGGUCACAUACCUGGACACGGCAUUCUCGCAUUUCUCCGAUCACGCACACUGGACAUGUCAUCCCUGCAUCAUAUUCCCAUUUAGCACCUGCUAUCCGAUUUGUACGCGCAAGUCAAAUAAUCC